AGAGCUCAAUCAUGGCCGUGAUUGAUGUCUCUCGGCAGAGGAGGUCGCUCCUGCGGGACGCGGCUGCUUUGGACCAUCUGCCCACUGAGCUGCUUGAGAUUAUCAAGCAUCAGUCGUCGACGAAGCUCUUUGACGCUGUAGCGGAAGCGGCGCUCACACCAACACUUACAGAGCGCCUCUUCGUGCAUUUCGAGGAUGUCUUUUCCGACAUCUGCGCGCGCUGGAUCCUCAACGCCGGCAAUGGAUCACGACGACUGUUGAUUGCAUCGGCCAUUGCCCGGAUUCUACCGUUUGCGCCCUAUCUGUCGACUUUUCUGAGGUAUCCUGGCAAGGCGGGAGAAGAGGCUGUGCAGGGGCCUUCACUUCACCUGGUGCUGCCGGCGCUCGAUGGUGUUUCCAUGCGCUUGGAUGCAGAUGCGCUAUUGCAGGCUCUACUAACAUACUGGAGGCUUUUCAGCUUCGAUCUGAGGACGUUCAGCUCAUUAAUCUCACCCGAUUACCUGCAGAGCCUGUUUGCGCAUGAGAGCAGGGCAGUGAGAUAUCUGGCGAUUCGCAUCUUCUGCCAGCUGUUUCACGCCUCCGACCACAAACUGGAGUCGCUCACCGAAGCGCACGUCGGCAAUGCGAAUGCCAUCACUGCUGACUUCGACGGCGCAUUGGUGGACUACGGGUUUCUCUCACUCCAUGAGCACGCACGUGCUAAGAAGGUCAUCUCGUUGCGCCAGCAGGUGAAGCGAUAUGUCGAAGAGUCUCAAGGCGAAUGCCCGCCGCUCCUCCAAUCCCUCACCCAGCAUGCCGUCUCCUAUGGUAGAAUCGUCCUCCCGCGACCAUCCGUGCCCACUGGCGGCCCAUCAGAUCUCGUCAUGACAGCGACGACCACCAACAACCUCGAACGCCUUGCUGCCAUGAUCCGCAACCCCGAACCUAUCCUUCUUCAUGGCUUGCCUGGCAGCGGAAAGACGGCGCUUGUCCACGAGAUGGCCAAGCAACUCGGCAUGUACUCCGGCAUGGUGACCCUUCACUUGAACGAGCAAACAGACGCCAAGAUGCUCAUCGGCCUUUACUCGACAGACUCGAAGCCCGGCAGCUUCUCAUGGCGACCAGGUGUGCUAACCACAGCGAUCAAGGAAGGCAGAUGGGUUCUGGUGGAGGAUCUUGACCGCGCCCCCACCGAGGUUCUCAGCACUUUUUUGCCCCUGAUUGAGCGCAACGAACUGUUGAUACCGAGCCGAGGGGAGAGGAUAAAGGCUGCGAACAGCUUCCGCCUCUUUGCGACUGUGAGGACAUCCAUGGGUAUGAACGGACGCGAGAACCUGCCUAGCAUUGUCGGCAUGCGGUUUUGGCAGUCUCUGUAUACGGAGCCCAUGGUUCAGUCCGAGCUAGAGGAAGUCGUUCUUCAGACGCAUCCUAUUCUGAAGAAAUUCCUUCCUGGAAUCAUCGCCGUAUACGGCCGUCUGGCUCAAGUCACCAGUGGUCCUCGCUCUCUGUCUCGCGGCCGAGUCAUGGACCGACAGAUGAACUUGAGGGAUCUGUUGAAGUGGUGCCGGAGACUGCAGGAGUGCCUGCUGGCUGCAGGAUCAACGACCGGAGAGGAACCCAUUACCGAAACUACGCGAGACUGGAUGUUCAUGGAAGCGGUAGACUGCUUCGUGGGCAGUUGUCCAGAUGACGAGCUUGGAAGACAACUCACGUAUGCCAUUGCUGAAGAGAUGCAUUUGUCCAAAGAACGGGCAGACCAUUAUUUGACUGCCAAUAUACCCCCUUUGGAAGAGAAUGAUGCUCACUUUAGCAUUGGACGAGUUCAGCUGAGGAAGAAGAAGACGGUGAACCGGUUGCAAAAGUCGAAGCGACCGUUUGCGAGCACUUCUCAUGCAAAGAAGCUCUUGGAGCAGAUUGCGGUAGCUGUCAAGCUCAAUGAGCCGGUGCUUCUCGUCGGAGAGACUGGUAUAGGAAAGACGACUGUUGUUCAGCAGCUGGCCGAGUCGCUUGGCCACAAGCUUAUUGCGGUCAAUCUUUCACAGCAAAGCGAGGUGGGCGAUCUCCUAGGUGGCUUCAAGCCCGUCAACGUCCGGAGUCUGGCUGUGCCCCUGAAGGAAGAAUUCGAAGAUCUCUUCGCAGCGACCGGAAUAUCAGCCUCCAAGAACCAGAAGUAUCUCGAACAAGUCGGAAAGUGCUUUGCCAAGGGACAGUGGUCAAGACUGUCCAAGCUGUGGAGGGAGGCGCCGAAGAUGUUCCUCAAGAUCGUUUCUGAGCUUGAGAGGGUUCAGCUGGAGAAGGCCGAGGCGAGGAAUGGGGAUGAUGCACAGCCUACCAAGAGGCGGAAGACCCAGUCUAAGCUACAGGCGCUCCUAGAACUGAAGCCUCGAUGGGAUCGGUUUGCCCGGACUCUCGAGCAGUUUGACAUCCAGAUUUCCGGAUCAGGCAGCUUCGCAUUCUCCUUUGUGGAGGGAAACUUGGUAAAGGCCGUCAGAAAUGGCGACUGGGUUCUUCUGGACGAGAUCAACCUGGCUUCACCGGAUACCCUCGAAAGUAUUACAGACCUCUUGACCGGCCCGAACGAGAGACCGUCUCUCCUUCUCUCUGAAACAGGAGAGAUUGAGAAAAUCGUGGCCCACCCGAACUUCCGCAUCUUUGGCGCCAUGAACCCAGCAACCGAUAUUGGUAAAAGAGACUUGCCUAUUGGUAUUCGGUCCAGGUUCACUGAGCUAUAUGUGAAAAGCCCCGACAAGGACUUGAAGGACCUGCUUACCAUCAUCAAGACAUACCUGGGCAAUGGUAGCAACAAGAACGAUCAGGCGGGCGAUGAUAUUGCACGUCUCUACCUCAACACGAAGCGAAUGGCAGAGGAGAAGCGCUUGGUUGACGGAGCGAACGAGGUCCCUCAUUUCAGUCUGCGUACGCUGACCCGGGUGUUGAGCUAUGUCAAUACCAUAGCUCCCUUCUAUGGCUUGCGUCGAGCAAUGUACGAAGGAUUCUCCAUGGGUUUCUUGACACUAUUGGAUCGAAACUCUGAAAAGAUGCUCCUGCCCCUGAUUUACCACCAUCUCUUGGACAAGCAUGGAAAUCCGCAAUCCCUCUUAUCACAGCCUCCAAAGCACCCCGGCGACGGCCGCCAAUAUGUCAAGUUCCAGAACCAGAGCCGGGAUCGACAAUACUGGCUGUUCCAAGGCGAGCAGACACCUAUCGAGCGAGACGACUAUAUCAUAACCCCUUACGUGGAGAGAAACCUCCUCAAUCUUGUCCGAGCAACCUCCACGAGGCGCUUCCCCAUCCUGAUUCAAGGCCCCACGUCGGCCGGUAAAACAAGUAUGAUUGAGUACCUGGCAAACUUUACUGGAAACCGAUUUGUCCGAAUAAACAACCACGAGCACACCGACCUUCAAGAAUAUCUGGGCACAUACAUCUCAGGGCCAGAUGGGAAGUUGCGCUUUCAGGAGGGUCUUCUCGUCCAAGCUAUGCGGCAAGGACACUGGAUUGUUCUCGAUGAGUUGAACUUGGCGCCGACUGAUGUUCUCGAAGCCCUCAAUCGUCUACUGGACGAUAACCGCGAGCUGUUGAUUCCCGAGACGCAGGAGGUUGUCAAGCCUCACGAGAACUUCAUUCUCUUCGCUACUCAGAACCCCCCUGGUCUCUACGGAGGCAGAAAGGUGCUGUCCAGGGCGUUCCGCAAUCGAUUCCUUGAGUUACACUUCGAUGACAUUCCCGAGGAUGAGCUGGAGUACAUCCUUCAGCAGCGCAGCCGCAACACCUCUCCUCCCGACUGCAGGCGUAUUGUCAAUGUCUACAAGGAGCUAUCACGGCUUCGCCAGACGAGCAGACUCUUUGAACAAAAAGACAGCUUCGCCACUCUCCGAGAUCUGUUCCGAUGGGCUCUCAGGAAGGCGGAUACUCGUGAAGAGAUUGCUGCGCAUGGUUUCAUGCUGCUGGCCGAGAGAGUUCGCAACGAUGAAGAACGAACUGCCGUCAAGGAGAUCAUUGAAAAGGUCUUCAAAGUUACGCUCAACCCACAUGAUCUUUACUCGGCGGAAUUGGCGCCCGAACUGAAGCAGAUUGCCCAUCGGGCGAAUGCGCAAGGCGUUGUCUGGACCCACGCGAUAAGGAGGCUGUAUGUGCUCGUCUCGCGAGCUUUGCAGAACAACGAGCCUGUUCUCCUGGUUGGUGAAACUGGAUGCGGCAAGACAACAGUUGUGCAACUGCUCGCCGAGAUUCUAGGCAGACAGCUGCAUAUCGUUAACGCCCACCAGAACACAGAGACCGGAGACAUCAUUGGUUCUCAGCGUCCCAUUCGAAAUCGGGGCGCCAUCCUUGAGGCUCUGGAUGUCGACGUUACUGAGGUAUUGAGACAGUGCAAUGUCGAUGUAUCUGGUUCGCCGGCAGAUAGGCUGGAGAGAUACAAGUCGCUUGACAAAGCAGUUCUGGAUGCCAUACCCGAGCAGAUCAGAGAGAGGAUCUCAGCAAAUGAGACGAGGAGCAUGGCCCUGUUCGAGUGGUCUGACGGUGCCCUGGUAGAGGCUAUGCGAGGUGGUCACUUCUUCCUCCUCGACGAAAUCUCCCUGGCCGAUGACUCAGUUCUGGAACGCCUCAACUCCGUUCUCGAGCCUCAGCGGACGCUACUCUUGGCCGAAAAAGGAGUGGACAAUUCCUUUGUCGUUGGUGCGGACGGUUACCAGUUCUUCGCCACUAUGAAUCCCGGUGGUGACUUUGGUAAGAAGGAGCUUUCUCCAGCUUUGCGAAAUCGAUUCACCGAGAUCUGGGUUCCUCCGUUGUCAGACAGCGAUGACAUCUACGACAUCACUCGAACUAAACUGAUUGAUGCCGCCAAGAGCUAUGCUGAAGCCAUUGUUCAGUUUGCGGCCUGGUUUGGCGCUACAUUCCGCCCAAUGGCCACUGCUCCAUUCUCUGUGCGAGAGGUCCUCGCUUGGGUUCAGUUUAUCAAUGCAUCAGCAGGCGAAGAUAUCGUCGUUUCGAUAGUUCACGGAGCUGCUGCCAUCUUUAUUGAUAGUCUGGGUGCCAAUCCGUCUGCUAUUUUGGCGACAGAUACCAAUGCCAUUCAUCGUCAACGAGUGGACUGCCUCAACAGACUGGGACAACUCCUUGGCCGAGAUGUUUCUGCCGUUUACCAGACUCACCCUGAGCUUGAAGUUACCGAGUCUCACUUGACCAUUGGGGGAUUCAGCGCGUCUCGAACAGCAGCGGCUACGACUCCCUCAAGCUUUGCCUUCCAUGCACCAACCACGCGUCUCAACGCCAUGAGAGUGAUUCGAGCAAUGCAAACUCAGAAGCCCAUCUUGUUAGAAGGCAGUCCUGGUGUCGGCAAGACUUCUCUGGUGGUUGCCCUGGCCCAGGCCUGCGGUCAGCCCCUGACGAGAAUCAACCUGUCAGACCAGACUGAUCUGAUGGAUCUCUUCGGAACGGACGUUCCCGUUGAGGGAGAGGAAGCAGGCAACUUUGCCUGGCGAGACGCCCCCUUCCUCCAAGCUAUGCAGAAGGGCGAAUGGGUUCUUCUUGACGAGAUGAACCUUGCGUCUCAGUCUGUUCUCGAAGGAUUGAAUGCCUGUUUGGACCACCGUGGCGAGGUCUACAUCUCCGAACUCGACCAGGUUUUCAAACGCCAUCCAAACUUCCGCCUCUUUGCAGCCCAGAAUCCCCACCACCAGGGAGGCGGCCGAAAGGGUCUUCCAGCUUCAUUCGUCAACCGAUUCGUCGUCGUGUAUGCCGAUGUCUUCAAGGACGACGAUCUCAAGAUGAUUGCUAGCCACAGCUUCCCCCAGCUGUCUGACGAGGUGGUUGGUCUGCUGAUCCAAUUUGUAUCACAGAUUGAGCACCAUCUUUUGGUUGAAAAGAGCUUUGGUGCGCAAGGUAGCCCGUGGGAAUUCAACCUUCGAGAUGUACUCCGGUGGCUGAACCUGCUGAGCUCGUCCGACCCGCUGCUCAAGACCCGCCAUGUUGAAGACUUUCUUGACAUUGUGAUUAGGCAGCGCUUCCGCACUGAGGCGGACCGUGCUGAAGUGGACAGGAUAUUCCGGCGCGUCAUCACCUGGCAGCCGCGAUCUCGCCACUUUUACCAUGAUCUUGGGUCUCGAUUUGGUCAAGUUGGCCUGGCUCUGCUGGACAGGAACUUGAACUCCCAGCCUGAGAGACUUCCCAGUAUUGACAUCGUGCCAAGGCUACCGGAGCUCGAGUCCAUCAUGCUUUGCGUGAAGCAGAAUAUCCCUUGUAUCCUCAGCAGCCCUUCAGGAUAUGGUAAAUCUGUGCUGCUCCAGUACGUUGCAGCGCUUGCCGGAAAGCCGCUGGUUGUGUUCCCCAUGAAUGCCGAUAUUGAUACCAUGGAUUUGGUCGGAGGCUUUGAGCAAGCUGAUCCUUUGCGGGAGAUCAAUGCUACCAUCCGCAACUUGCGAGAUUUCCUCCAGGACUCCGUCAUGUCAGUGGUUCCCGCGCAAGCUCCGAGCGAAGUGCUCCAGCUGCUUCAUCAGCUUGACAACUACAAUGGCGACAGCGAUAGCAUCAUCACGAUUCGAAGCACGAUAGAGGCCUUGCUUCAGCAGAUCGCUGCGGGUUCGGAAGUGUCUGUCUCGCUUUCUCGAGCUUUGGAGAUUCUUCACAAGCCUCUGGUGCUUUCAAACCCUCGCUUCGAAUGGCUGGACGGAGUCAUUGUCAAGGCCCUGGAGACAGGCCAGUGGCUCGUCUUGGACAACGCCAACAUGUGCAAUGCCUCCGUCUUGGACAGACUGAACUCUCUGCUCGAGCCCAAUGGCUUCCUCAGCAUCAAUGAGCACUGCGGCCCAGGAGGAGAACCCAGAAUCGUCAAGCCCCAUCCUGAGUUCCGGAUUUUCUUGACCAUGGAUCCCCGCCACGGCGAGCUGUCUCGUGCUAUGAGGAACCGUGCCAUUGAGAUCCACAUAUACGUUCCGCCGCCGGCCCUGGACGCGUCUCUUGCCCGGAUGUCGCAUGUUGAGAGCUCUCUCCAACGAUACCUCAAAUCUACAGAGUGCUCAGACGCCUUAUUAGCUGAGGGGGUCGACCCCGAGGCCUGCCAAGUUUCUCUCGAGAAUCUUUCUCUCCAGGAUGUCACUCUUCUACCCAGGUUUGUUAGCUCGGUGACCGCUGAGCGCGCUUCGUACGUACAGCUUGUGCAGGACUUUUUGGCCCUUCUGCAGUCACCCCUUGGAUCGCGCCUACAGACCUCUCUCAGAGAGUUGUACUCGAACUUGGCUGGUGUUGCUUCAGAUGCACUUGCAUAUCUCAACCAUCCUCUUAACAAUAUCACUAUCAGCAACAUGCUUCCCUCGGUUGAUCUAGCCAGGUGGAAUGCUGCUCGAUUUGAUACCUAUCGACACUUGUACCAGAUCCAGAGCAUCAUCGACGCACAGCAAACGCAAGCUCGCUCGGCGAAGUUGGUCUCUUUGAACAGACUGCAAAGAUCCCUCAUCAGUAACCGUGUUGCCGCUGUGUCGAAGGACUCUACUGUGAAACUGAGCGUAUUCUUGUCCUCGGUCCUGAAUGCCUUGAUUGAGUUCUUUGGUCUCGAAAUGAUGUCUCAUGAUACUUGGGAGGGUGCUCAGUUCAUCAGAGCUGUCCGGUGCUAUAUCGAUCGCACGAUUGCUCUUGCUACCAAGAGUGAUUUCGAUGAGGCCACAUUCCAGGCUCACUUGGCUCAGGGUGCCGCACUGUUAUGCAAACAAAUCCAAGCUACUCAAUCCGACAAUAACCGCCAGCUUUCGUCCUACAUACUGGGAAGAUUGGAGGCCGAUUUUGACAGCGGGUUCAAAUUGAGCACCGGGUUGAGUAUGGAGUCGCUCUGGAACUUGAUGAGGCCAAUUCCUAUUCCAGAUGGCUCAGUCCUUGACCGGUCUGUUGAGCUUGACCGACUGGGCACCAGGUUUGACAGCCUACGAUGGAAAGCCGGUGCUUCUAUUGGCGAUCUGUCAAAGGCUCAGCAAACUCUUGAACAAGCUUAUAGAAUCGUCAGAGAUGGCGUUCUGACAGCCGAUGGACUGGUGAAAGACCUUACCACUGGAAUAGAGUCGCUGGAGAGCCGCAUUGCAGACGAAGAAGCGGAACAGUUGCCCUUCUUGGCACAUGAAUUCGAGACCUUGAGGCAACUCGACAUAAUUCGAUCUGUGUCGCCCAACAUGAUGCUGGACAGCGGAUUCCGAGAUCUCUCCAUCCUGUCAAAUGUCCCCACCAAGGCACGGCUAUCACUCGUGAGCGCCACGAAAGAGGCUGCACUCUUGCAAGCGAUGGAUACUUUGGUGCACCAGGGUCAAUUCCCGUGGGAUGGUACUCUUACGCCUACCUUGUGGUCAAAGCUGCAGGCACUCGGUGGAGUGAGCCUUGGAUCUUUGGCAUUGCUUGACGUGGAAUUGCCGGCUAUGGGACGACAUAUUGCUUCCCUGUCUGCUGAAGUGGCAGCCGAUCCGCUGCCAAAGUUGAACAGUAUUCUUCAGCAGCUGAUCUACGAAGUUUUUGGCGCUCACGCCGCAAGCCUUAAGCAAGCUGUUAUCCAGGCUUAUCUCACGGCAGAGGAACAACUCCAGGCUAAUGGCGAGUCUUCUGGCGUCUUCGAUGCCUUCUUACGAACCAUUGAGCCUCCCCAUCUUCAGCAGGUAGCUGAACAGCAUCUGAUUCCAGCGCUGAUUUCUUUGCUCGCAAUGAAGAAUGAUGCUCGGCAUGCAUACUUGUCUGCACUGGCGUGGACUCAGUUCAGCGUUGGAGUACUCAAGCUCUACGUCCCUGACCGUGUCUUUGAUCCUCAGCUACGCCCAAAGAUUGAGCGAGAGUUCUUUGAGGAGCUUCAGAAUAGCAUAUCUGACAAGAUAUCCUCGCUUAUCGCCUUUGAAAGCAAGUUUACUGGGCAAAAGACGAAUGAACGUGUCGAGUCGCUCAACCGAGAGCUUUCCAGCAUGGGCCCAUUGCCCGAGGAGGUCCAGCCAGUGUUCCGACCAGAGCGAUCAGAACUUGUCCGCUUACACGCUGAGUUUUCUAACGUCCUGAAGGCUAUCACGAGUCCUGCUCUUCGAGCAGCACUUGAGUCAUCCAACAAUGACAUCUCCGCUGUUGAUAAAGAAGGACUUGCAUUGGUCAAAGAAAAUGUCAAGCGCCUACAGGAUCGACUUACGGCUCGAUUUGAAGCGUAUCAGGAUAUGACCAGGCCUGCUGCGAACCUUUUACAGUGUCUGCGUGUUGGCCUGUCGCUCUUCGAUGCAGCUGCGGCUUCGUCCUUGACAUUGCCUACGAAGCAGCUUCUGGACCUAACCCCGUUCUUUGGAGGGUCAACCUGCGAUGUCUCCGUUCAGUCGUCUUUCGAAAAGAGCUUCGAGCUUCUCAGCCUCGUCCGAGUUGCCGUAAACGUCGAAGGAAGCGACUGUUUCCAGCCAGGUGUACGCGAGGCAAUUUUCGAUUGCUUCCACCGCUUCUACGAUGACUGGAGCAAGAAGCUCGAGGCUGACCGAAAGGCGGAAGAGACAAAGGGCAGCCUUUACCAGUUCCGUGGUUCGUUGGAAGACGAGGAGGAAAUUGACGAACAGGAGUUUAACGAGCUGUUCCCGACAUAUGACGCCGAUAAAGAGGUCGCUGUUAGUUCAAGCAACAAGAGGGACGCUGUUCGCAACAUGUCUCUCAAGGUUGCUGAAGCUCACAGGAAAAUCUUCUUGGACAGAGAAGAUGCUCAAAUCUCGAUUCGCAAUUUAAGCAAAGAAGUGGGCAAUCGGGUUGCGAAUGAAACCAAGGUUCAGCCAUACCUCGAUCGUCAAUUGAACGGCAGGAUGUUGGCAAGCACAACGCUUCUGCUCGACGAAAAGCUCAAGCGGCUGCAGACGACUGAAAAAGACAAGUCGUACAGCUUCUAUACCAGCCCCAACUUGCCCGAAGCCCGACAGCUUGUGAUCCUCGUUGGCAAGAUCAAGGCGAGGUUCCGCGAACUGCAGCUUGUUGAUGAGAUUGGCCACAUGCAGCCGCUGGCGGAUGUCAUUCAAAGCUGCAACAAUGUUCUCGAUCUCGUCCACGAAGAUCCUUUGGCCAAGAUCCUGCCCAAGGUGGAGCAUCUGCACGCUCACGUCUACGAGUGGCAGUUUGGUGGGUGGGCGAGCAAGGUGUAUGCUGUCCUCUCGCUGUAUAACGCGCUGACGGAUACAAUUGUUCGUUGGCGACGAUUGGAACUGUCGACAUGGGCCAACUUGUUCGAGACGGAGCAGGGAAAAUGCCAGGAAGAUGCUUACUCGUGGUGGUUCAUUGCCUAUCAAGUGGUCGUCGCCGUUCCUCUCUCCAUGGUCGACUCUCCUGCUGAACUGAAGGAGUACGCCGUGUCACUUAUCCAGAGCUUGGAAACGUACUUUAUGACGUCCAUUGUGGGCCAAUUUGCAACACGUCUGUCGCUUCUGAGACAGCUCCAGAGCCAUCUUCAGCUCCUCAUCCAGGACUAUCCUACUCUGACGGUCAUCUACCAUGCGCUUACAAAUUUCAUCUUCUACUACGCCCGCUACGAGAAGGCCGCUGAUGAUGCUAUUCAGAAAGGCCGAGCCUCGCUCGACAAGAAGAUGAAGGAUGUUUUACUCAUGGCCAGUUGGAAGGACACAAACAUCAAUGCUCUUCGAGACAGCGCCAAGAGAUCCCAUCAGAAGCUUUUCCGUAUUGUCAGAAAGUUCCGUGGGUUCCUGGGUGUGGAAAUGAAGUCUGUUAUCGAGCAAGGUCUUCCCGACGAGGCAAUCUCUCCACUCGCGGCUGUGGCUAGCCAGGUCGAAGUCAACGUACCCGAAGCCGCUGUCGAGUCUUUGAACAGGGCACUCCCUGGCUGGCUUGAGAAGCGCAAACGUCUCGGCAAUGUCGCCAUGACCGUGUCUGUGAUGCAGAGAAUCGCUGCCAGCCCCGAAGUCAACAGCUCUGUUCCCCAGUCCCUGGAUGCCUACCUUUCCAGCCUGGAAGAGUCAAUGGCAGAGCUGAAGAAAGAGACGCCCUCAACCUUGACCGACGAGAACAAGGAGCAAGUCAAGCACAUGAAGACGAGAAAACGCAAGCUGUUUGCGGACACGCUGCGGGACCUUCGCGGCAUGGGUCUGCGAUACAACCUUGGCCAGGACAAGCUGGCUGAGCAGGAAUCGCUUUCUGUUGUGCUUGCUUCAACCGCGCCAUUGGAGUUUUCUGGUUCCAGCAUUUUGAGCGAAGCGGAGUAUUACUUCCACAAGACUCUUGAUCUCGCGCCAAAGGCAAGGAACGCUGCUCGGGAACACUCUGAGGACCUGACUGGCUCUGAGGUAGCGCGAAGCAUUGGUUUCGUGGAAGGGUUUAUCCACUUUGCCCUGUCUCAACGCGAGAGCCUUGCGAGCGUCAUGUCUGCUUUUGGAUCCCUGCAAAAGACUAUUAACCAAUUCCAAGAUCUUGGCAGAUUCGACAGAUUGGGUGGCCUCUCCCGAAGCGAAAGAAGCACCGAUUUGCCGCGCUUGCUCCCGUGGACCGUUCAGGGACUGAAAUUUUCAAUUCUCUUGCUCGGCGUUCAUGCAAAACUCGGCAACCUCGAUCACACCGCCGUCAUUCAAAAGCUACAGUCGUGGACCGAUACCUUUGAGAAACAUGCGGCGAAGCUCGGCGAGUCAGGCAGGCUUCCUACGCUGCUUACAUCCGAUGUACACAUUAGGCUCGAGGAAGAUGUCACGAAAGACUUGGGCGGCCUACAAUUGACUGUCGACGAGGCUAUUCAGAGCGAUCCUGGCGUUGGCUUCAUUCUUCAGCAACUUCGGGUUUGGAACCAUGUCACGCACGAGCCACUGGAAGCUCGGGGCAAUACGAUGGACCUCUUGGGCUUUGCCGAAUCUGUUUCAACGCUCUGUGACACCGUCCUGGUGGCCGUAGAGAAUGCAAAGAAGGCUGGAGCAGAAAUACCGAGAAAGGAGGACGAGGCGGGCUGGUUGAAGAAGCAUAAUGACGCCGUUGUCGCCAUGAUUAACCAGCUCUACAUGAACAAUGUCGAGAAGACGGUUGAGCAAUGCAUUCGCGCCCUGCAGAAGAUUGAUCUGGGACAGCCGCUUGCAAGCAUGGCCGCGAUGAGUGCCAUUACCGUUGCAUCGCCGAUCUUGAGUCAAUUUGCGGCAUUAUGUCAACAGUCCAUUGCGGUCAGUCUCGAUAUCCAUCGUGCGACUGUGAAGAUGGCCUAUGGCAUGACAAAGGCCUUUACGCACAUCGCCUCACAAGGGUUCUGCAUGCCACAGGAGAAGUCGGACGAAAAGUCAGGUUCCGAGGGCAAACUGGAGUCUGGCACCGGUCUCGGUGAUGGCGAAGGCGCUGAAGAUAUCAGCAAGGAUAUCCAGGCCGACGAGGACCUCUCUGAGCUCGCACAGGAAGCGAACAAGGAGAAGACGGGCGAGAUGGAGGAUGAAAAGGACGCAGUCGACAUGGCGGACGAGGAACUGGAGGGAGACAUGAACAGCGUGGAUGGCGCCGAAGAGGACGAUGACGACAAGUCCAAGAAUGGAGACGAAGACGAGGAGGAGGAUGCCAUGUCUGAAGAGGCUGGCGACGUGGAUGACCUUGAUCCCACUGCCGUUGAUGAAAAGAUGUGGGAUGGGGAUGACGAAAAGGCAGAAAAGGACCAAGAGGGCGAUAAAGCCAAGGGGCAGAAGCAGGAGGAUGAGCAGAUGGCGACUGAGGGAGAGGCGAAGCCAGACGACGGGGAACAGGAACAGGAUCAGGAUCAGAAGCCCGAGGGUGACGAAGCUGAAGAGCCCGAGGCCGAGGAAGCAGGAGCCGAGGAAGAAGACGUGCAGGCCAAGGAGGAACUCAACCGCCAAGACCAGACAGUGGAAGAAAACGACGCGCUGGAGCUUCCCGAGGACCUCGAUAUGAACCUCGACGAAAACGACGAGGCGGGAUCGGAUGACGACGACCUGGAUCUCAUGUCGGACAUUGAGGAGGACAAGGAGCAAGAAGAGCAGUCCAAGGAUGUGGAGGCGGUGGAUGACGAGGAGAUGGAUGAGGGUGCCAAGCAAGAGGUGGAGCCAGAGACUGCGGUUGAAGAUGAGGUCAGCGAUGCAGAAGAGGUUGAAGAGAAUGUCGGCGUCGACGAGAUCCAAGAAGAUGUGGACCCCGAGAAGGAGGGAGAAGAGAAGGCGGAGGAAGAGCAGGCGGAAGAGAAUCGUCCAGAGCAGCCGCCCACCAAGGAGGAGGAAACCAAGGCGGAUACUGACAAUGCGGCGCCCAGCGACGUCAAGAGCUCCGGAAUCGACCAAAACGCAGAGUCCAUGGACAUGGACGAUCAGUUCCAAGCCAAGGCAGCUCAGCAAGAUGCUGGCGACAUGGGAGACGGCGCCGCUGAUCAGGAUACGAGCGCCGGCAACAAGGGGGCGACAUCUCGAUCAAAGGAGACGACUGAUCAGCCCGAAGACGGCGACGCGCAGGAAGAAGCUCGCAGCGACCCCUUCAAGAAACUGGGUGAUGCGCUGGAGAGGUGGCACCGGCAACAGCUCGACAUUAAGGAUGCAAAUCCGGAAGAAGAGGAGAAGCAGCACGGGCCCGAGGCCGAGGAGCAAGGCCGACGCGAAUUCCAGCACCUCCAGGAUGACGAUGCGGCGGAGGAUACUCAGGCUCUCGGCAAAGCAGACAAUGAAGAGGCGCAGCCCCUGGAUGAGUCUAUGGCGAUUGACGAGGAGAAGCAGGACCCGACCAGCCAUGUGAUGGAGGAGGAUGAGGACGAAAAUGGGCAGGACGAGGAGCCUGACAAGAUGGACCUCAGCGAGCCUGCCGAAGAAAACGAGGAUGCGGGUAUCAAGGACGCCGAUGACACUCGCACGGGUGUGAAGACGAGACAAGGUGCCUACAACAGGGAGCCGACACCCGAGAACGACGAACAAGAGGACGAGCAAGUGAAGAAGGAAGGCGAGGGAGAAGAAGAAGACGUGCAAGACGCUUCCGCCCAGCUAUCGACGACUCACCUCUGGGAAGACCAACGACCGCUGCGCGACUUUUCGCAGUGCCUGGAGCAGUGGACAGAGCUUCAAACCAAGUCCCACAGCCUGUCGCUGUCGCUGACGUCGCAGCUCCGGCUGAUUCUCACGCCGUCGCAGUCGACGAAGCUGUCGGGCUCGUUCCGGACGGGAAAGCGGCUCAACAUCAAGCGCAUCAUCCCGUACAUUGCGUCGAGCUACAAGCGGGACAAGAUCUGGAUGCGGCGCAGCAUCCCGACGAAGCGGACGUACCAGAUCCUGCUGUGCGUGGACGACAGCAAGAGCAUGGGCGAGUCGUCGUCGGGAGCGCUGGCGAUGGAGUCGCUGGUCAUGGUGUCGCGGUCGCUGACGAUGCUCGAGGCCGGGCAGGUGGGCGUGCUGGGCUUCGGCGCGGACGUCUUCACGGCGCACCAGCUGACGGACCCGUUCGCGUCCGACGCCGGCGCCAAGGUGCUGCAGCGGUUCAGCUUUGGUCAGGACCGGACGGACAUUGCGCUGCUGAUCCGGCAGACGAUCGACACGUUCCGGGCGGCGCGGCAGCGGUCGUCGGGGGGCGCGGACCUGUGGCAGCUGGCGCUGAUCCUGUCGGACGGGCUGACGCCGUCGUCGGCGCACGACGCGAUCCGGCGGCUGCUGCGGGAGGCGAUGGAGGAGCGCAUCAUGAUUGUCUUCAUCAUCAUGGACGACACGGGCAAGAAGAAGGGGGACAGCGUGCUGGAGCUCAAGGAGGCCAAGUUUGUGAGCGAGGGGGGCGAGAGCCGGGUGGUGAUUGAGCGGUACCUGGACACGUUCCCGUUCCAGUACUACCUGAUUGUGCACAACUUGGAGGAGCUGCCGAGCGCGUUGGCGGGAUUGCUGAGGACGUGGUUUGCGGAGGUUGCUUCUUAGGCAU